AUGGUCCUCAGUAUCCGGCAGAAGAGGGUGCGAAGAAUCCCCGGAGACCCAGUCCAUGGGGUUGCGGUGCAAGGCCCUGUGGAUGGUCUGGCUACUGGCACCCCACUCUAUAGUGUUGCGGUGCAAGGCACUAUGGAUGGAAGGAUUACUUGUAGACCAAGGGGUUGGAGGUUUGGUACCUGGAAUGUAGGCACGCUGACAGGAAGGAGUUUGGAAGUAGUGGAGAAGUUGCAGAGAGAUCAAAUGGAAGGAGAGGGUACAAGGUUUGUGGGGGCUAAAGGUGGAAGGAAGGAAGAGGAGAAGGAUAGGUUUUAUGAUGAUUUUUCUGACGAGAUUGGGCAAGCGGGAUUGGAUGAGUUUGUGGUGUUGUUGGGUGAUUUAAAUGGUCAUGUGGGGGCUGAUGCAGACGGAUAUGAAGGUGUACAUGGGGGAUGGGGAUAUGGUAUACGGAAUGAGGAAGGGCGUAGAGUGUUGGAGUUGGCGGAUGCACAUAGCAUGGUGGUGGGGAAUAAAAGGAAACAAGCACGAUUAAUUACAGAAAGGUCAGGGGAGCAUAGGUCAAUGAUAGAUUAUAUAUUGAUAAGGGCGAAGCAUAGAAAGUACGUAAGGAAUGUGAAGGCGAUACCUGGAGAAUAUGACAAAAGACGAGCAGAAGCGUUUAGUGGCUUCGUAGUAUCGAUCAGUGAGCCUAUAAGACUGAAGAUAAAAAUAAGUGUGAAAGAACAAUCUAGACAUGCCAAGAGAAAAAUAGAGUUGAAAGAAGACUGGACUUGCAAGUUGCAAGAAAAUGUGAAGAAGAAUGCGUAUCUCAUGACUUAA